UCGGCCAUCGGCCUGCUGCUUGCUCUCCGCCCCAGAUGAGAAUUAUUCCAAAAACCUGGCGUGGGCUUUGUCUUGGACUUCGGAGGGACGGUGGCGAGAGAGUGAGAGAAAUCCGGGCGCCCGAGACAUUGCCGCCCAUCCAUCGGUCGUGUCGGGCGCUGGGAGGAGGUUUUUUCAAUUCAUUCGCACUGUGCUUCUGAAAACACGGACCCCACUCCAACACGCCACCCCGCUCGCCCCAACACUCCAACUCAGCCGGCGGCGGCCUGGCCAGGAGUUCAGUUGCCUUACAAACAAAGUUCCUAAAAUUCCUUUAAUUUUUCUGCGGGCGGUAUUUGUUCGUUUAUUUAAAAUGGGAUUGGCAAUGCUCUUAAAAUGAGUUUUGAAGUUGAAACUCUCGGCCCGGGGUGGAAUUACGCAACCGUUUGCAGAAAAAUAAUUGGAGGAGUCCUGAAUAGAUUUUAGAGCAGCAG